CUGUGUUAUGUUGGGUUGUGUGCUGAUGGAUGGUGCUGCGGGUUUGUGCGUGUUCGUUGUGUCGGUCCGGGUGUGUAUGAGAUUUGGAAGUAUAGGUUUUUUACACUUGCACUGAAUGCGAUCUCAGUAUUUCCGGUUUUACGUGUAUGAAAGGUACAACAUAAAGGUGCAUAAUGAACCGAAGGAACAGAAACAAAUCACACUCUGAUCGUGGUAAACCAACAUUUAAGGCCACAGCCAAAGCUAAGGCAUUCUCGCCUAGGAAAACUAGAUUAUCAAAGAAUGACAAAAAGAAACUUGUUGAGGCUGUUAAAGUAGAAGUUGCAGAAAGCUCAAAGUCAAAGCCUAAGGAAAAGAAACGGGGGAAUGCAACUACUCAGAAUACAAUGAAUUUGAGGUUAACAGAACAUGGAGCUGGAAUAACGGAGUAUAUCAGCAAACACGAAGGUUUUAGUGCAAUUAUCAAACAACGGUACUCAGAUUUUCAUGUUAAUGAAAUUGAUUGUGAUGGAAAUGUUGUGACAUUGACUACCUUAGAGGCACCAGAGGCUCCAGUUGCUGCAGCAGCAGAGACAAAGGAAGACAUAGAUGAUUAUCUCAAAACAACACUUUCUGAAGAGCAAUAUAAAACAUUAAUGGAAAUCGUUGACUCUAAUGGUGAGGAAGUUGAAAUUGAGGCCACUGACAUGAGCAAAGAAGACAGGCGCAAGUUGCACACUGCCAUAGUAAAAUGUGGAAAAUCUCGUUUGAUUAGCAACACUGUUGAUAAGGAUGGCAAAAAGUACAUUGUUGUUAAGAGAUCCAGUAAGGCAGGAAAGCAGGAGAGGCGUUCUGUGCCGUGGCCAGCAGAUAGAGGUGGGGAGUAUGUGUACUUUAUUCUACACAAAGAAAAUAUGGACACCAUGGAAACUGUUAACCUCAUUGCAAGUAGACUAAGAGUGAAACCAAAUUUGAUAACAUAUGCAGGAAUGAAGGAUCGCCGUGCCAAAACAAGUCAACUGAUGUGUGUUUGGAAAGUGGAACCUCAACGAUUGGUGAAUGUUAGUCGAAGCCUGCGAGGUGUUGAGAUGGGUAAUUACAGUUUUCAUCAGCGGCCACUACGACUUGGUGAUUUGCGUGGUAAUCGCUUUCGCAUUGUUCUCAGAAAUGUGACAGGAUCAGACAAACAGAUUGAAGAUGGCUUAACAUCACUAAAGACAAAAGGUUUCUUGAAUUAUUAUGGACUUCAGAGAUUCGGGAGCUCUUUGGCUGUUCCAACACAUGAAAUUGGGAAAGCUCUGCUAUUGGGUAACUGGCAGAAGGCAGUGGAACUCAUCCUGAAACCAAGAGAUGGUGAGCCACUACGUUUUUUAGCUGAAGCUCGUAAAGUUUGGUGGGAGACAAGGGAUCCAGCUAAGGCGAUAAAAAUUCUACGUAAUAAGGACAAGAUGAUCGAAGGGAAAUUGCUUCUUGGACUCAGCCGUCAUGGACCUAAGAACUAUUUAAAUGCUUUGGAUAAUAUACCUCGCGGUACACGUCUUAUGUACCUGCAUUCAUAUCAGAGCCUCAUAUGGAACAAAGUUGUGUCAAGGCGCAUGCAGAAGUUUGGUUUACAGCCUAUAGCAGGUGACCUGGUGCUUCAAGGUGAACAGAGAGCAGAACCUGUUGAAUUACUAGAAGUUGGUGACCAUGAUGCCACAGCUACUCAGCAAACAAGUGAUACUGCUGAUGACAAUGCGAGCAACAGACAGAAACCCUCUGUGCGAAUACUUUCAGAAAGUGAUGUGAAAGACUUCACAAUUUAUGAUAUUGUUUUACCACUACCUGGCCAUGAUGUAGUAUACCCACAGAAUGAAACAAAAGAAUGGUUUGAAGAACUUCUCCAAGCAGAUGGGCUGUCACCUGCCAAAUUGAAACAGAGUGUGAGAGCUUAUUCCGUGGGAGGUGCUUACAGACACAUUGCAGUUCGUCCUACAAAUGUGAGCUGGAAAAUAAUGCAUUAUUCAGAUCCACAAACUACUCUGGUGCUUUCUGAUCUUGAGGAAAUGCAGAAAGUUAUGCCACCAGAAGAUGAAAAAGGUGGAGUUUAUAAAGCCCUCAUUUUGGACUUCUGUCUACCAUCUUCUACGUAUGCUACAAUGGCAGUCCGUGAAGUAUUGAAAUCAGACACAUCAUGCUACAGUCAGGCAUUGCUGAAUGAUUACCAUGUACCCACAGGCCCAAAUGGGACUCCGAAAAGGCGAUUGUCAUCUGCAGAAAACGGAGAUUCAGCAUCUUCCUCUGUGAGUGAAGAUGUGAAAACAGAACCACAAGAUCAAGUAACAUCUACAAAGCAUCAAGUGUCAUCUAUAUGUACAAGGGCUACGAAAAGGGAGAAGAAGACUACGGAUUCAGAUGGGCAGAUGGAAAUUGAAAGUAAGCCAGGAGGGGAAACACCAGAACCUUCUGCUUCGGAGAUAGAAGAAAAGGACAAACCAUCUUCAGAGGUAACAACAGAAACUGCAAUGGUUUUGCCUCUACAUCCAACACUACAUUCUGAAGAGAUCAUUCCUAUGGAUGUUGAUAAAAACGUGCAGUCAGUAACACCAAGCGAAUACGGCAUAAUUUCCAAAUCUAGUUUGACAGAAAAGUCAGCAUUAGACAUAGAAGUAGCAGUCGUUAAGAUAGAGGAUGCUGUACAGUGUGAACCAAAUAUGACAAAUGUGGUUCCUCAGGCAUCCAAUACUGUCAGUGCUAGACAGGAGCAGCUGCAUGCGGCAACAGAUGCUGCUGCAAAUCUGUCAGCAUCAGCAGAAACCAAACUAGGACUUGCCAGAGAGUUAUCAGAUAUUAUGGGGAAGAAAGAAGUAUCACCGAAAUUUGUGGAUGUUUUCCCACAGUCAGUACAAAACACAACAGUGUUACCACCAGAAAAGACAUUGUCCAUUUCUAACACUUCUGCAGAAUUAAUAACAAGUUCUACGGUGCCUUUGUGUGUAGAGCCAAUCCUUACAUCUGAUGCACUGACGAGUCAAGCAAUUACAUCUACAAAGGAUAAAGUGCCAGAUCAACAAAAUGUGACAAGUCCUCUCACAGCCAGUGCCACCAUUAUAGAUGAAGGAAAGUUCCCUAAAGACACAGUUGCUGUGCCAUUGCCAUCAGAUGAUGUUGAAAUGUCAAAACCGAACAUUAAUCCAGUAGACAAUUCCUUAGAACCAUCAGAUGGUUCUCCAUGUAACAUACGAAAGACACAACAACAUGAAACAGAAACUUCCAGUGUGAGGGUGUGUCUUCAAACUGACAGCUCAAAACAUGUAUCAUCUUCAGACAGAAUGGAUACAAAUUUGGAAACAGUGCAUGUAGUUUUAAGUACAUCAGAAAUAGCACCAAUGAGCCCAGUUAUGACAGUCGCAUCCAGUAAAACUGAAGAAAUUAAAGCACUGGAAGAACUAAAGGCUCAAGGUGUGGUGCCUCGUGAAGAAACUACUGCAGAGAUAGCUGCAUCAUCAGCUAUAACAGAAAAUAAAGGAACUUUGCCAGCAGAAGAGCAUUGGGGCAAGAAAGAGUUACUUGGAGACAGAAAGCCUGCAGUUAGCUCUAAUAAACCUGUAAAUGGAAAAACAGAAUGUAAAAAUAUUCUCAUGGCUACCUCAGUAAGUGUAAAAGCCACUUUGAGCCCAUCAGAGUCUGAUGAAGUAUGUGAAGAAACAAGUCAAGUCGCCAUUGAAGGCACCAUAAUUUCAGAUGGUGCGGUUAGUACUCCAAAUGCAAAAACAGAUUCUGAAGUUGGGCAUGAGAAUGUAGAACAGGUAAAGCGAACAGGAGAAAUUGUCCUUGAAAAGGGCAACAAAGCAGGCUCUGAAUCCUUGCCUAAAAUGGAUGUUCAUCAAACUCACAGUAGACCAGAGCCAUUAACCCAGCCAGAAAGUGCACUUUCAGUUGCCCCUAAUGUUACAAAAAAUUUGACGAAUGCAAAAACAGAAGUAGAGGAACUUCAGAUGCCAGAAGUUGCAUUUUGUUCAGAUAAAUUAUCAGGUGCAAGUGAAGUGGGAACAGACAAAACGCCCUCAAGUAUUAACACACACACAUCUAAAGCAGCUGAGUUGUCCAAAGAAACAACUAAUGAGACAGGAACAGCCAUGCUGGAUUUGAAGGAAUUGGCACAUUCACAGGCAGAUGAGACUCUAGUGGCAGAGAGGACAUUUGUAUCUGAUGAUGAAGCUGAAGUCAAGUCUGAAGAACCUAAAUUGUGCACAGUAAGUGAAAAUAAUGUGACAACUUCACAGACAGUAACACAAACACUUGAAGUGACGGAAUCAUCAGAAACCGCUCAAUCCAUGAAAGCACUGACAAAACCAUCAAACAAAUCUACUGUAGUCUCAUCACAUUCUGAAGCAGAAACGUCAGUUGUAGAUGCCAAGUCUAAAGUAGUUACAUCAACAGUAGAGAUUGUUUCUGAAAAACUUAAAAGUAUGGUGCCUCCACUAAAUCAGUUUACAGGUGAGCAGGUAGAAAUGGCUUCUGAAGGUACAGAACAGGAAAUGAAAACUACGGGACUCCAGAUUCCUCGAGGAACGACUGAGGUUCCUGGUGUACCAGGCUUGGACAUAACUGCUCCUGCUGUAUUAAGUUCACAAAUAUCUCAAAAUAUGAUGCUGAAAUUGGAAAAAGACCAGAAAGAAACUGAAACUCCAGUUUCUGAAACAGAAAUUCUUCAGCAAGUCGACCGGUGUUUGGAAACUAACGAACCAUCAAACAUGUGUGUAGAUAAGAAUGAGUUAGAAACUACAUCAUCAAAAGCUCUGAAAACUACUGUUGAACCAAAUAAGUUGUCAGGCAUAGAAAUGCCAUUAGGAAGUACUACAUUGACUGCAGAUGUGCAGGAAAUUGAAGCACCACAUACUCCAGCAGUUAAAUCUGAGGAAAGUGUUGCACAUGCCUCGGAUCAACUCUCAGAACACCAAGAUUGUGGGGGCAAAAGAAAAUUCUCUCAAGAAAGAUCUUCUGAACAAGCGGUAAAAUCUGAGGUAACAAAGCGGACUGUUACUGAUGUGCCUUCAGUGUUAGAUUGUGAGAUACCUGCAAAGAUGAUUGAAUGUGUUCAUGCAGAAACAUCUUCAAACAAAGAGCAAGGUCAAAAUGCACAAAAGACAUUCAUUGCUCCUGAAUUGGCCUCAUCAUCUGUCCAUGAAUCGUCAGAAAUAGUGAAAGAUUCUGUGACACAAUUGGACUCAAGUUGUGCAAUGCCAGAAGAAGUAGAAACGGCAUUUACUUCAGAAUCAGAAACUUCAACAAGAUCCAAACUGGUGGCAACUAUAGAAAUGGAAGAAGAGAGGCAAAUGAUUGUAGUAAAGAUAGAUAAAUCAGGUGAAGUAGAGCAAUCCUUAAAGGGGAAUGAUACACAGAGUGUAAAAGUAUCAUGUGUGGAAUCUGAGAAAAGGUUAGCUUCACAGCAAGCUAUAUUAGAAAAGACAGAAAAAUCAUUACAGUCUUCUGAGGUGCCAACAUCUACAGGUUUAAUAAGUGAAGAAUUAUUUGUAAGAAAAACAGCUGAUGAUACAUCUGAAUUGUCUGGCAAAGCCUCAGUUAAUCAGGGCAGUGUAAGUAUUUCAAUUACACCAAAGUCUUCUGAUGAAACGAGUUUGUUUGAAAAGGUGGCUACAAAAGAAAUUGGAAGUGAUGGUAUCAGUGCUAGUCAAAAUUCUCUUACAGCUAAGAAUAAAGCUUCUGUGGAUUGCAGUACAUCAGAAUUUGUUCCUGAGAAAACUGAUUCAGAAACUGCUGAAACUGAGACAGCAGGUGAAAUUUUGCUUCAAUCAAGUGACCUAAUUAAAACAUCAGAACAUCAUUUUAUGAAGGAGAAAACUAAUGAGGAAACCGUUGAAUUGUGUGCAGCAAGUAAAAAAUUUAAAGGGACAGAAUUAUGCUUAGCCGAGGAAGAUGUGCCCGAUUGUGACAAAAAGGUGGAUCAAAAGUUGGCAAAACAAGAAAAAAUACAGGAUACCCCAACAAAUGUUGACUCUGUAUUACUAUCUACAUCUUUUCAGUCUUCUGUUGAAGAAAAAGUAAUUGAAAAUUCUGAAAGUAGUUUAGGCACAGCUGGCAAUCAUCUUUGUCAGUCUGCCGCAUCAGAGGAGUCAAAACCUGAUGUAAAAUGUGUCAGCAGUGAGGAUGAUGGUAAUUCAUGUGAAAAGGAAGAUACAGAAAAAAAUCAGACACAUUCACCAACUUCAGAUCCAUUGGCAAAGGAAAAUGAAAGUGAUUCACAAGCUCGUGUUAAACAUAAAGCCAACAGUGAUACUGAUAGUGAACGAACAGAAGUUUCAAUAAAAAGAAAAGUCUGGGAAAGUGAAACUGAGACUGAAGUUAGCCCUAAAAAAGUAAAGAUUGAUGACUGUAAUAUUGGUAUAUCGUCUAUUUCUGAUUCCCAGUGUUCUAAAAGUCCAGAAUCACUAAAGAGGAAGAGUGCAAGUGAUGAUGCAGAAACUGGUGAUCAUGAAAGUAAUACUGAAAAGAAAAAACCUAAAGUGGAAACAUCAGAGCAGUGAUUUUUGUUGUUGGUGAUACCAGUUCAGAGGAAUUCACACACAUUCCAAGUUAAGUUAGUUUUUCUUUGUUCAUGUGUGUUAUGGAAGAGUUAAUUUAUUUAUGUAUAGGAUUUGUUUGUGUGUUUGAUGCCAGAUGUUAAUACAUUUUGGUGCUUUUUGCACGCACAUUACUAUACAGUCAGAGGUCUUUUUUCCUGUGGAAUAUGUUAAUAGUGUCUAAAAGACUCUGGAAUUCUUUCCUUCUCUGUGGGUAAUUGGAAGGGGUUAGCAUGGGAUGGGAAAGUGGAUGAUGUGAAAUAGAGGUACUGUGGUAUUCACAGGUUUUAUAUGAAAGUAUAUAUAUUAUAUGAACUAUUGAAAUUAUAUAUAAUCCAACAGUAUUUACAUGUCAAGUGAAGAUCUGGCUGAACUAGAACUGUUUUGUAAAAUUGCAAUAAUAAUCAGUUCAACACUCCUUGCCAUAGUUUUGCUGUUACAUAAAUUUGGGUUUUGCUCCCACGUCUAGUUUUAUGCAGCAUCCAAGUACAAUGUGUCUAACUUUUUGUAGGAAUCAGUUUUCACAAAGAUUCUGUAUUACAGGUUUCAGGCAUAUUGCAUUUGAACUAUGUGAUAUAAUUUAGUCUUCCACUGGCAGAGUUUUUAAUUAUUUUUUAUAUGUUAAUGCAGGUUCCUACAGUUCCUAUGUCUUCAGUUUUGUAUUUGAAAUAAUCUCAGCCGUGUCGCCUUUGUCACUAGUCAAUCUUCCAUUUGUGAGAUAGACUGAUUUAAUUACUACUUUAAUAUUUUUAUGCAUUGUCCAAACAACAGGUUUUUGAAGCAACUUGUAUUUCUGUCAAUCUCUUCAUUAAAACUUUUCUUGACGCAUGUUUAUAUACACACCUCUGCAUUUAUGUAGCAAACGAAAGAACUACCAUUUGUAAUUACCUGAAUUUUCUUUAUUUGCUUCAUAUAUUUUGUUCUUUAUUUGCGAUGUACUGUUAGUUUGUAAUGACUUUGUCUCUUAGUGGAAAGUUUAUAUGUAGUACAAUAACACAUCCUGUGUAAUAUGAUGGACAAUUUUUGUUGUACAGGCUACUUAUGUUCAGACACUUUACAUCUGCUGUGCUGCAGAUAAUUGGUCAGGAUGAAUAAAAUACAUUUUAUACCAA